UCAGUUAUUGUUCAUUAGUCAUUGGAAAAUACCACUUCACUGAACUGAUUUUAAGAUCACAAUACUCGUAUUUCAUAUUUGAAUGAAUAUAUAUUUGCAUCUUAGAUUUGUUGACCGUUACCGUGUUCCUCUGCAAACCGAUAUUUACAACAUCGGAUAGUUAAUUUAGUUACUUUAAUCCUUUUUGAAAAAAGAUAAAUGUCAAAAGCCACAGUUUUCCCCUAUUUAUUCUGUAAAUGAUGAUUCAGACAUGGCAUAUCGAUCUUCUGCUGUGAUGUUGGAAUUACUUUUCAAUGUAAUUGUAGACACGGCAUGCCAUUUCCUGUCCUCUCUCCUAUCUCCUGCUUACCUCUCCUCUCCUUGUCUUCUCUCAUCUUCUUGUCUCCUCUGGUUUCCUUGUUUGCUCUCUGCUAUACCUUUACUCUUCUCCUCUCGUUACCUUGUCUCCUUGCCACUAAUCCAACUUCCUCUCCAUGUCCCAAAUCCUUUCCUUGCCUCCUCUCCUCUCCUCCUCUACUCUACAUUCCUUGUCCCCACUUCUAAGUUAUAGCAAAGCUUAUAGUCACUAAACACAGCCUAGCAGCCUACACUACCAUAAUUCCUCAACUGUUAGUGUAUGUUGUUCAGUUAGUGUAGUGUAGAUUUCGGUAUUUCAGGGGAGGGGUUGAACUUGAUACCCCCCUUGGCUACUCCAUUGGUGUCACAUGUUGUUCUGGAGUGUUCCUCUCACAGCUCAGUGGUCAGCAUGUAUCUGUAGUUUCCAUGUCCACCCACCAGCCUCCAUCUCUUUAUGUAUCUUCUGAUCUGUUCAUCAGGUGAACCUCUGUGUCUUGUUAAUUCUCAGAUGAGAUGUGUUUGUUUUUUCACAGUGCUUCAGGGUAAUGAUGACUGGAGAGUUACGUACUCAACUAGUAAUGUCUGUGGUUUAAGAGGAUCAACGGCUGACAUCAGCUGCACUUUUGACUACCCUGACGACGUACAGUACCGCCCUACCACAGUCACAACACUGUGGUUUUCUAAAGGAGACAAGUAUCAGCCAGUUGAUCUGGAACACGAUACAAACUACAGAGGUCGUGUUGUAUACAGCUGUGAAAGGAUCAGGUGCUGGUCCAGAUGUCAUGGAGCAUGUACCCUGAGAAUCAGAGACCUGAGACAUAGUGACUCUGCUGUCUACAAAUUUAGGUUUGCAAUAAAUCAACCAACUCCAGUCCCUCAAGUGAAGUUAUCUGUUACAGAUCUCCAGGUGAAGGUGUCCUUUUCUGACCCUAACGACCCUACCAGGGCAGAGCUGGAGUGUCACAGUAUGUGUGGUCUAGCUGGUGACCCUCCCUACAUCUGGUUCAGGAAUGGACAGAAUUUAGGACAGGGAGUGAACUACAGGGCCUACAUUCAGUCUGGAGACAGCUUCUCAUGUGCUGUUGAAGGAUACGAACAUCUCCGCUCUCCUUUAGUGUAUGGGCCUCAACACACAUCUGUGUAUUCAAGUCCCUCUGGUGAAAUAGAGGAGGGCAGUUCAGUGACUCUGAGCUGCAGCAGUGAUGCCAACCCAGCAGCUGAGUACACCUGGUUCAAGAACAACCAACCUCUGCUCUGGGAACCAAGUCAACCUCAUACCUUCCCCUCAGUCCACCCUGAAGACAGAGGAACGUACCGCUGUCAUGCAGAGAACAAAUAUGGACAUCUGAGCUCUAACUCGAUAUUCAUGGAUGUCCACUACGCUCCAAAUUCCCCGACAGUGACCGUGAGUCCCUCAGGUGAAUUAGAGGAGGGCAGUUCAGUGACUCUGAGCUGCAGCAGUGAUGCUAACCCAGCAGCUAACUAUACCUGGUUCAAGGAACAUGACAUCUCUGUGAAAUUAUCAGGACAGAACUACACUUUCACUUUCAUCAUUUUGGAUCUUGGAGGAAACUAUUACUGCCAAGCUCAUAACGCAAUUGGACAGCAUAAUUCCACCUUUUUGUUUAUUAAAGUGACAUCCUCAUCAUCACAGAAAGCAAUAGUAGCUGUAGCAUCCAUUGGUGUCUUCGUGGUGACCAUACAUCUCAUCAUCUUCCUCUGGAUGAGAAGAAAGAGGGCCUCCAGUAAAGCAUGUGGACAGGGAGGAAGGCCAGAUACCGUGGAGGAGAGUUGCCCAUAAGCCACAAAUAUGAACACUCUGGCAUUGAGAGUUUCUACCAGGACAGAAGAAAAGGCUUUGAGCUGGGUGAAACAGCUGAUAAUGAACUUGCCAGCUUGUUACGCUCGAUGAGCCAAGACAAGGCCAUUGUCCUAGAUGGACUUCCUGCGGGGUUGAUUGGGACAGUACGGAAAUCACUGCUCAAAGCAAUCCCACUGGAAUGGCCCUUUUAGACCUACCGAAGGCUUUUGAUACAGUAGGCUGCAUCAUUUUGCUGAUUCACUUAGAAUGUUUAAGGCUAAGUCCAACAUUAAAUCUGAUUUAAAUCCUGUUUGACGGAUAGAUGAUGGUGUGCAAGGUAGUAGAGAUAGUAUAAGAUGUCAGCAGUGAUGGGAAUAACAUAGUUAAAAAUAAUGGCGUUACUAACGGCGUUCGUUUCUUGACUACUCUUCCCAUCAUUAUUAUGCUGUUACCGUUACUUCGAAAAAAUUUGGUGCAUUACUGUAAUUAAAGCUGUCUUUUGCAUUA